AUGUCAGGUAUAUCUCUGAACCUGAAGAGGAAGCCUAAGGUGAAGAAGAAGGAAGAGGAGAGGAAGCGCAAGAACGUAUUUAAUGAAGAUGAGGUGGAUCCGCAGAAACGAAGCAAGAUACUAAUAACAGAGGUGAAUGCGCAUGAGGCGGCAAAGGCCAAGAGGCGGGUAAUUGUCCCGGCGUGCUCUGGCAGAGCUUCGAUAGUGCCGCCAAAGUUUGCGAGUGAGCAGGGGCCAUCGUACGGGCUCACGGAGAGUACGGGAGAGCAAACUGGACGUCCGGACAAGUCUGCGGCGAAAAGUGGUGCGGGCGUGGUCCCCCUCGACCAGCUUCCGGAUCCCACGGGGCUGGAGGAGUACAGCGAGGUGCCCGUGGAGGAAUUCGGGGCCGCGCUACUGCGUGGAAUGGGAUGGGACGGCGACGAAGAGGAGAUUGAAGGCGACCGCAGGGGCCAAAAGACCGUGCUUCCGCAUGAACAGGCGGGGCGGGCGGAGUACCUCGGGAUCGGUGCCAGCAGCGACGUUGACCGGAGCCGGAAGGACGCACGACUACAGAUAGAGGAAUUCAUGCCAGUGGUGAAAGUCGACAGGGCGAAGGACACGGCUGCGGACAGCUCCACAUAG